AUGUGUAAAGCAUUCGUUCCUUUAUCAAAAGUUCCCAUAGAAGAAUUUCUAAAACCUAGGACUCGUAAAGGAAAAGAGCCGACUAAGUCACCUAAUGCAUUUAUUAUUUAUCGAAUACGUCGUGGCCAGGAAAUUCUGGAAAAUCGAAAACUACCCCAGCCGGACAUUUCUAAAAUGUUGGGUCAAGAAUGGGAAGAAAUGGAUUCAAGUAAGAAAAAUGAAUAUUUUGAAUAUGCCAAACGAGUUAAAGAGAAAUUUGACAAACGAGUUAAAGAAGCUAAGUUGGCUCAAAACAACAUAGUUGUUAAUGGCAAUAUCAGUAGCAAUCAAUGUCAAAUGACAGUUGAAAAUGACUCCUUGAUUAAUGCUCUUGUAUACGAGUCAAGCAUCAAUGAGAAACAACUCGUCGUUCAACAAAACGAAAUCCCUCAAGAGACAAGUAUCGAUGAGAAUCAACUCGCCGCCCAACAAAACGAAAACCCUCAAGAGGUUAUUGAAAGUGGCUCUUUGAACAAUUAUCAACGAUAUGUAUUUUUUGAAGAAAUUCAUUUCGACUUGAUGAAUGUGCCUAAGCAACUCGACGCUCAGCAAAACGAAAUCCUCGGAGAGAAUGUUCCACUCGUAUACGAAUCGACACUGAAAAUGAUGAAAUCAUCAAAAUUGUCAACAAAAUAG